AAUAUAAAUAAAAACAGGUUGCGAAUAAAAUAGAUUGCUGGCAUGUUAAACUUUGGGACAGAUGGCUCGGGUAACGCCAGCCAACUAGAGAUAAAUAAUCGACUUCCUGUAAACAAAAGCAUGCAGGAAAUUAAUAGAUGCCGCCUUUGCCAUGCCAGCUCAAAUCUCAAAUUUGAGUCGCCAAAUAUUUAUGAGGCUAAUUUCGACAAACAACAAGGUGAAGACAAUGCCGUUAAGAGUGCAUUAAUUGUAGAUGCGUGCCAAAUUGUAUUUGGAGUAAUGUACGAACGACAUGAGUUUCUGCCUGAGCGCAUCUGUGAAUGUUGCUUGAAAAUACUAAACGAUUGUUAUGACCAGCGCCAGCAUAUGCAGCGGCGUGAGGUCGAGCUGCAAAAGGAAUUGCAGAGGAUUAUGGUCUUCGAUGCCAAGUAUCGACCUGGCUUAAAUGGCAAUCCAGGCCUUUUCGAUAUUGGUGACCACGAGGAAGGCUGCGUCAUUGUAGAUGUGGAUCCGGAUCAGUUGUGCGAGACAAGCGAUGAUGAAUUUCUGGGAUCCGAUGAAGCAGAACUGGAUGACGAAGAGUGGAGUGAAGGGGAAGAGGAGAAACAAAACGAGGACGGAGUAAUGCUAAUAGGCAUGGAUGCUGCUCAAAUAGCUCUUAUGCAAGAUCGACCUCCAACUAUGGAAGCAAGUCCAAAUGCACAUCCGAAGAGUGCUUUUCUGUGUCAAUAUUGUGAUCUCGCAUUUACCUUACAGCAAGAUUGUCUACAACACGAAUUGGGCGGACACGACCUAUCUGCACCAUACAGCUGCAAUUAUUGUCAGCUGCGUGUGAGUACCCGACCCGCUUUAAUUGCACACAUCAAAGAGCUACAUGCCGUAGAGCGCCCUUAUGUAUGUGCCCAUUGCAGCAAAGGAUUUGUACGGCGCUCAGACUUAAAGAAACACACAAUAGUACAUACUGGCGUUCGUCCAUUUUCCUGUCACGUGUGCUCUAAAAGCUUUUCACGCAAUACCAAUCUAACCAAACAUUUGCGUAUACACAGUAGUGAAAAGCCUUUUGUAUGCCAGAUGUGUCCGCGCUCGUUUCAAACUCCUUUAGAAUUGAUGAAACACACGCGCUCUCAUGCCGAGGUGAAGCCGUAUCAGUGUAGACGCUGUUCUGCCUCCUUUACGCGGAAGGAUAAAUUGCUGAUCCACCAGCAGAUGCACGACAAACGCGAUGCGGAGCAACAACAGCACAACAUGCGCAGCGCAAUCGGCGUAAAUGAUAAUCCGGAACAGAUUUUACUUCCAAUGCAUCCCUAUGUGGAUUCGGAUACAUCCGCAAUACAACUACAACUGCAAUCGCAUCUGCAGAACCAGUCCAAGGUCAAAGUUACACCAAAGUCGACACGCAGUUUCCGUUGUGAUGUUUGCGAUAAGAGUUUCCAACGUGAACGAGAUCUACAGCGUCAUCGAGCUCUUCAUAUGGAUACUUUGUUUGCAUGUAAGCUCUGUGGUCAGGGCUUUAAUCGUCGUGAGCAAUUGCAUCGUCAUGAGGUGGAGACUCAUGGCCCAAGUUACACGUGCACCAUUUGCAGUAUGAGCUUCCACCAGCAGUCUGACUUGGAUAUUCAUCAUAAGGUACAUGAGCUGCAACACAGCGUGGCCAAAAGUACACAAGAAGCGUUGGCCAUUAAUGUCGCUAGCGGCGUUCCGCUGGCACAUCUUAUGGGCGAGCCAGUCAUUCAAGUAUUAGCACCCGUAGUCAAGCAGCGGAUUGCGCUGCCUAAUUUGAGACAAUCGGCUGCUGAAAUGUCCUUUUAUAGUAACAUGAUUCCUACCAUGAACUUAGGAUUCUAUAGCGAGACACGCGGUGAAGAUUAAAACA